UCUACAUCUCUUUGGAAGAAAGGCAAAGAGUUCAACGACAGUUUUGAAUUGGGGAAAGGAUUCCUGCGUUGCAGCAGACGAGCAGGGAUURCAGCAGCAUCCCUUGGAAAUACACACCACCUUCUUCAAAGCAACAAACAACUACCGCCUGAAGCCCACCSAAAAGACUGUGGCUUGGAAGAGCUCUGUAACAAGCCGAAGAUGAAGAAGUGCCUCCCACCUCCCCAGGGGGAAAAAAAAGACAAAAAUGAGGAAAACCAACUUUAGCUUUGGAAUACAGCAGGUAUCAGAAGUACUGCUUGCCUUCCAAGAGAUUCCCAGGAUGUAAGAAAUCAAGUGCUGUAAGUGUCAUGCAGCUGACGGGUCUACUGGCAGAGYUGGUGGUCACAGCCAGGACAGAACUUCAUUAAACAAAAAGAGUCAAAAAUCUGGGAAGUUUGGAGCUGUUUGCAAGAUCUGCUGASUUGGUUGCUCACUCUGUCAAAAGAAGCCACCGUCUGGGACACAGCACACCGAAAGCAGCUGCCAUGGCUAGCAAAAGAAAGUCCACAACUCCCUGUAUGGUGCGAACUUCUGAAAUCGUGGAGCAGGAAGGUGCCGAGGGCGUAGAGACUCCUAAAGACAAGGGGAYUGGUGCAUCACAGCAGGACUCAAAAAAAAAUUGGCCUUCAGAAAACUCAGUCAAGGACUGCGAAGUGGUUGAGGCAAAGGCCCCAGCUGAAAAUCAGUCUAAGAAACCCCAGGGUGGUUAUGAGUGUAAGUACUGCCCUUACUCAACACAAAACUUAAAUGAAUUUACAGAGCACGUUGACACUCAGCAUCCAAAUGUCAUUCUCAACCCCCUGUAUGUSUGUGCUGAAUGCAACUUCACAACCAAAAAAUAUGAUUCUUUAUCUGACCACAACACGAAGUACCACCCGGGAGAGACUAAUUUUAAACUGAAAUUAAUUAAACGCAAUAAUCAGACUGUUUUAGAGCAGUCYAUUGAGACCACCACUAACGAUGUCACUGUCACAAGCAGUGGGUUAGAAAAUGCAGAGUGUGACGAUUCRCUUCACGGGGGAAUCAGUGCAAAUAAAGUGCCAGCGAUGAAAAUGGGAAAGCCUAAAGGGGAGAGCAAGAARGGAUCCAAAAAGCCAGAAGAGGGAGUUACGGAAAACCACGUGGAUGGUGCUCUCCCCCGCAUCAUAACUGAAGCCACUGAAGCUAUUGCUUGYAUCAAUGGAGACCUGCUCCAUGACGUGCUAGCCCACGUUAUGCCCUCUGUACAGCUGCCACCAAAUAUCAACCUUGUCCCCAAGGUCCCGGUCCCUCUGAACAGUACCAAAUACAACUCUGCCCUGGACACUAACGCAACCAUGAUCAACUCCUUUAAUAAGUUUCCUUACCCAACGCAAGCAGAGUUGUCAUGGUUGACAGCAGCGUCAAAACAUCCGGAAGAACAAAUCCGAAUCUGGUUUGCUACGCAGCGUUUGAAGCACGGUAUAAGUUGGUCUCCAGAAGAAGUGGAGGAAGCAAGGAAGAAGAUGUUCAAUGGUACUAUCCAGGCAGUUCCCCAAACCAUCACCGUCCUGCCAGCUCCUUUGGCAACUGCAAAGAUGCCACAGCCCAUCAUCCAGACAGCUUUGCCUUGUCAGAUCCUGGGCCAGACUGGCCUGGUUUUGACGCCUGUGUCAAAUGGUUCAACUGUUUCCUGUUCACCAAUUACACUUGCUGUUGCCCCAAACCAGGGGCAGAAGAGGACGAUACAGACUUUAUCAAGUGCCCCAGAGCCCAAGCGUCCUCACGUAGUUCAGGUGCCUGAGAUUCCUGCCAAGCUGACUGCUGUUCCGGUGACACCGGCCAGCGAGCGGAAAAAGACCAAGGAGCAGAUCGCAGAGCUGAAGGCCAGUUUCAUGGCAAGCCAGUUUCCUGAUGAUGCAGAAGUCUACCGGCUUAUAGAGGCAACAGGUCUUUCCAGGAGUGAGAUCAAGAAGUGGUUCAGUGACCACAGGUACAGAAGUCAGAGGGGCAUUGUGCAAAUUCCUGGUGAUGCUUUAGGGAAAGACCAAAUAGCACCUUCAGCUGGUCGACAUGGCCGAUCAUUUCACCCUUACACRGAUUUUACUUCCCAGAGAUUGAAAGAGAAAACUCAAGAGCAGCUUAGGGCCCUUGAGGAGAGUUUCUUAAGAUGCUCUUUUCCUACCCAAGGAGAAUUGGACAGGCUUCGAGUGGAGACUAAGCUGAGUAGGAGGGAGAUAGAUUCAUGGUUUUCUGAGCGGAGAAAGAUAAGAGACAGCAUGGAGCAAGCUGUCUUGGACUCAAUGGGAUCAUACAGAAAAAUUAAGGAUCAAGGAACUCCCAAUGGUGCAAUAAGCCAGGCAGAACUUCUCCGUAGCUCUCAGCUCCCUGGUGCUUUAUCUGGGUCCUCCACCACAUUGAAGAAAACACAAGAGCAGAUUCAUCUACUGAAAAGCACAUUUGCAAGGACCCAGUGGCCAUCACCGCAGGAGUAUGACCAGUUAGCAUCUCAGACUGGGCUCACGAGAACUGAAAUAGUUCGCUGGUUUAAGGAAAACCGGUCUUCACUAAGAACAGGGUCACUUAAAUGGAUUGACCAGUACCAGCAGCAGUAUGCUGGUGAUGGUCAUAACAAGCAAAGCCAGAAGAAGAGCUCAAAACAUGCUGAGAGCCCAAAGAAUGGUAAUGAGGUGUCUCGGCAGCAUUACCAGGAACAUAAAAAACUGAAUGAAGAGAAUGGGGGGAAACCAGUGGUGAGAGCAAAAAGAGACUGCGAACCACUGAAAGACUCUUUGUUGGGCAAUCAAGCAGAGGGUGUGGAUAGGCUGGAGUGCAACAGCCACGAUGGCCACGGCAGCGAGGAGAACGAGGAGCCGGCAGAGGUCAACUGGGUGGAGGUGACAGUGGGCGAGGAGGACGCUGCCUCGGAUUGUACGGACAGCUGGAGCCAAACRGCCCCCGAGGGCCACACAGAGCUGGCAGACUUUGACUCUGAAAGUAUAUCUGGRGACAAUUCCCACGUAUAGACAGGGGUACUCCUCAGCUGCACUGGCCUGAUGUUGAAGGGGAAAUGCUGUCUGAAAAYAGAAGAAAACUCUAUUUUCCUGCCUGGGGUGAGAGAGCAUUUUGUGRCUCCAAGUCUCAAACUGCGCUUGUGAAGGCACAGCAAGCAAUUCUCUCGUGGAGCAUCAUAACGGAAUUGUUGAUAGUGCCAAAGUCCUACUACUGCGUURCAAAGGAGAAGAAAGAAAGAGGAAMGGGUCCUUGUACAUAGCUUUCUCUUAGUUUCUCUCCCCCCUGCUUUCCUGCCCAGCCUCUUCCUCUACUGGAACAGAUUUGUACAACAKAAAAAUUUUGUUAAUUUUUUUAAUAGGUGCAAGUUAUAAUGCAGUUGAGAAAWUUUGGGAUUGGUUGGGGGGAGGGAAGUGUCUUUUGUUGGGGAGGGAGACAAGAAAUUUUUUUUUUCCUGAACUGUUUUAAGAAAGAGUUGCAAUCUUUUGGAGUUGUCUUGGUGCAGAUCAACACCUGAGCCCAGAUCCCCACCCUGGUUUACAUUUCAGACCAGUUAAACAUGUUCUGAAGUGGUGGGGUUUGUUU